AUUAGUUCGUCGCUAACUUCACGUUGAUAAAUGUCAGAUUUGACAAGACGUGCCUGUUGUUGGUGUUGCGUGCCGGUGAUUUUAAUUUAAAUAUCCCGAAAAAUUAAAACUAUCUACAAGUUACGAAGAGAAAAUAAUGGAAGGAAUACUAGCGAAACUUUUAGUGCCAAACAGCAACACCGUUCACGAGGGUACAAGGGAACUGAAAGAAGCCUUCAAGAAGCCCGAGGCUAUUCCGGCGAUAUGCGAUGUGAUUGUAACGUCGUCAAAUCCCCAAAUACGACAAUCAGCAGCUGUUUUACUCCGAAGAAAGUUAGGAAAAAGGAGACAGUGGACUAAGCUUAAUGUUGAGCUAAGAAACAGAAUUAAACAGGGUAUGCUACAUGCCUUAGUAAACGAACAAGAAAGAUCGGUUAAAAAUUCUAUCGCUCAGUUCAUAGGAAUUAUAGGAAAGCACGAAUUUGCCGAGAAUACGUGGCCAGAGGUUUGGCAAUUCGUAAAUACACUAUGCAGUAGUGACACUAUUGUUGACAAAGAGAUGGGAAUGUACACAUUAUCAAUAAUGACGGAGAUCUCUCAUGGUUCAUUUAUAGUAUAUGCCGAUUCUUUUGCUGUACUAUUUACAAACAUUCUGACCGGUAUUACUGAAUUGAAUUCAAAUUUAUCAUUUUAUACCGUUUUAACCAUGAAAAAUUUAGUACCAAUUCUUAGCGGACAUCAACAGAUGAUAAACGUUUAUCAUCAAUCGUUACCUCGAAUACUGGAAAUCAUCACAUCGUUUGCCGCAGAGGACGAGAAACGCGCCUGUGACCUGUUUGAAAUCCUGGAAGAGCUGAUCGAGUUCGCGAUAACCGUUGUGGCGCCUCACGUCAAACUGAUUGUAGAAAUGUGCCUACAGUUAGGCAGUAACAGUUCGGUGCCUACAAGUGCUCAAAUUAAGGCUAUAAGCGUGGUUGGUUGGAUUAUAAGGUCCAAAGGAAAGGUAGUCCAAAAAAACAAGCUAAUCGAACCAAUCAUCGACGUUCUCAUCCACCUGAUGGCGCAACAACCCGACGACGAGGGAAACGAAGAAUAUUUCCUGGGCGACCCGGAUCAAUACACCUCCAUAACCGUGGCGACGCAGACGCUGGAUUUGAUCGCUCUGCACAUCCCAGCGGAGAAGGUGGUGCCGUACUUGCUGACCAAGGUGGAGCCGGCGAUCCAGGGUGGGAAUAUCUACGCGCAGAAAGCCGCCUACUUGUCGCUGGCCGUGCUGGCCGAGGGCUGUGCCGAACGCAUCCGAACCAAGUACUUGGAACCGUUUUUGAAGUGCGUCUGUACGGCUAUACACAACCCUAAUCCGGUGGUUAGGAACGCAGCUUUGUUCGCGUUGGGACAGUUUGCUGAACACUUACAGCCGGAAAUCAGUCAGUACGCCUCUGAACUCCUCCCAGUCCUGUUCGAAUGUCUGGCCCAAGUCCUCCAGCAAAUGCAAACAGAGAAAAAGGACACCCCCAGCCUGGACCGGCUUUUCUACGCCCUGGAAACAUUCUGCGAGAACCUCGAAGACGGACUCAUGCCCUAUUUGCCCACCCUCAUGGAAAGAUUGUUCGCGGCUCUGGACCCACAAGGGUUCUCAAUCCAGCUGAAAAGGGUGGCUUUGAGUGCCGUAGGGGCGGCAGUUACAGCGGUGAAAGAAGGGUUCUUGCCGUAUUUCCAGAAAACAAUCGAAGUGCUCAACGUGUAUAUCAAUUCGGAUCCCAAUUCUGAAGUGCAUCAGAUUCAAUGUUAUGCUAUAGAAACAUUGGCUGUUGUGGCACAGUUUGUCGGCGUGGAUAAUUUUAAACCUCUGGCCGCCGAAUCCCUACAGCUUGGUUUGAGAAUCCUGGACCAAACUGACGAUCCAGACGUUAAAAAGAGCGUCUACGCCCUUUUCGCCGCCCUUUCCAUUGUUAUGAAGGACGAGAUAUCGCCCGCCCUUCCGAAGAUUGUCAAGGAAAUGAUUGAGAGCAUCCAGAGCAGCGAGGGAAUCGUGACACAUUACGACGAAGAGGACAAGGACGAUAUUGACGUUUAUGCAGAACUUUCCGACGAAAAUGAAGAUGGCGAAGAGGACAUUGAAGGGGAAUCUUCUGUCAGUGAUGAUUCUACUCAGUGCAGGUACUCCGUUGAGAAUUCUUACAAUGAUGAAAAGGAGCAAGCGUGUCUGGCUUUGAGAGAAAUCUGCCUUAAUACUGGCAACUCAUUCCUGCCAUUCAUCGAAAAAAGCUUUGAAGAAAUCUUCAAACUAGUCAACUACCCUCAGGACGACAUCCGCAAGGCCGCAAUUGAUGCACUGCUUCAAUUCUGCAUAGCCCUGCACAAAGUGAACACUGCCGAGUCCAAAACCGUGCUAUACAAGGCGUUGCAAAUGUUCGUGCCCAAAUGUUCCGAGCUUAUAAGAACGGACGAAGAAAGAUCUGUGGUCAUGAACUGUCUGGACGCCUAUGCUUCACUUUUGGAAGAAGUGAAGGGUGACGUUUUUGUCGGUGAAGGUCACAGAGAGGCUAUAAUGAAUUGCGUGAUCGAUGUGUUGACGUUGAAGACCAUGUGUCAGGAUACAGAUUUAGGCAACCAGACUGAAUCCAACGAGGACGACGUUGAAGCCGAACAGGAUGAACUUCUCCUCGAAUCUGCAGGCGAUGUAAUACCUAAAUUUGCCGCAGCCAUAACCCCUGACGAUUUCGCUUGUUACUUCCCAAAUAUACUCAAGCUACUGUCUAGUCGAACGGUAAAACAGAACAGCGUCAGUCAGCGGUCUUUUGCUUUCGGUACUCUGGCCGAAUGUAUGAAAUCCCUUGACGUCUGUGUCGAAAAAUUCGUACCUCAGCUACUGAAAAUGUGGUUGACGGGUGCCAAAGAUUCAUCAGAGGAGGUUAGGAACAAUUCCAUUUUCGGAUUGGGCGAGAUGAUUUUACAUGGAAAGGACAGAAUAUUCAGUCAUUAUAACGAAAUUUUACAAGCUCUAUCCCAGGCUGUAGCCAAGGAAAGCCAUGCAGGAACUCUGGACAACGUUUGUGGAGCUUUAGCGAAAAUUAUUUUGGCUAACCCUGGUGGGAUUCCUUUGGACCAGGUAUUCGCUGCUUUUCUGCAAAAACUUCCGCUGCGAGACGACUUCCAAGAAAACGAGGCUGUGAUAAAAUGCUUUGCCACCCUGUAUCAGCAGGGCAACCCCCUGCUAAAGCAACACCUAGGUGACGUCAUGAAGGUUGCCGUUCAUAUCUAUUACAAGGACCAAACGCCAAACGAUGAUUCAAAACACAUUUUAAUAGAAUUUAUCAAACAACUGAGCAGAGACUUUGCGCAAGACUUCGAGCACGCAGUGAACUCUCUAGGGCCGGAUGCGACAAGUUCUAUACAAAAACUAUUGUCUUCUUAAUAAAAUAAAAUGUCGAAAAAAAUGAAAUUAUAACCAUUUUUUCAUUCAAGCUUUAAAAACACACGAGGUAUAUAUUUUUGUAACGAGAAUGCGUCCUGAGGCAUUUGAUAAAGAUUAUAUUAUUAUAUUUAAUAAUGACAGCUGUUUGAGAUUGAUUUUUUUAUAAAAAUCUGUUUUUUUUAUAUGUGAAUCUGUUUAUUUAUUUUAGUUUUAAGUUGAGACGAAAAAUAAAAUGAUCUUUGGUGAUAUGACUUUCUCGUUCUGUAUUUAAGCCAAAUAGAA